UAUAACGGAUCAGGGAUGACAAAGAGAAUGGGAUACCGAGACUGGAGAUGGCUGGCUCUUUGGUGGCAUAAUUUCUUUCUCUUGUGGAGUACAAUAGACAGCCAGACUCGCUACACCAUCUCGGAGGAACUGAAACAGGGCUCUGUGGUGGGAAAACUAGCUAAAGAUCUGGGUUUGGGACUCUCUGAGGUUUUUGACCGUAAGCUGCGUGUCGCCUCUGAGGCUGGUAAGCAGUAUUUCAAUGUGGAUGCGGGGAAGGGCGAGCUGGUCGUGAAUGAGAGAAUAGACAGAGAGACUUUAUGCGGACAAAGCGCCAGCUGCGUUUUACCUCUGCAGGUUGUCAUUGAAAACCCGUUACAGUUGCACCGUAUUGAGGUGGAAAUACGCGACAUAAAUGACAAUUCACCUAGUUUCUUAACAAAGGAGCUCACAUUGAAAAUAGCAGAAUCGACAGUUGCGGGCAUGCAUUUUCCUCUGGAGAGCGCAGAGGACCCAGACGUUGGAAGCAAUUCGCUCAAGUCCUAUACUAUUAGUAAAGAUGACUGUUUCAGUUUAAAAGUAAACGAGCUUCGUAAUGGAAGAAAACUCCCUGAACUGGUCAUAGAAAGAGCACUUGAUAGAGAGAAAAAAUCUGUCCAUCAGCUGCUGUUAACAGCGUUAGACGGAGGGAAUCCCGUCAGAUCCGGGACUUCACAGAUAACUAUCAUAGUGCUUGAUAACAAUGACAACGUUCCCCUAUUUGAAAACAAUGUAUAUAAAGUGUCCAUGAACGAAAAUAGUCCAAAGGGUACCUUCAUGGUUAAACUUAAAGCGACGGAUAACGACGAAGGACAAAAUGGUGAGGUAAAAUAUACAUUUGGUGAGCGUACACCCGAGUCCGUGCUUUCCACAUUUGAUAUUAAUCCAGUUACGGGGGAAAUGUUUUUGAAAGGUGAAUUAGAUUCUGAAAGCGCUGCAAAUUAUGAAAUUGAUGUAGUUGCUAAAGAUGAAGGUAUUCCGGAGAUGGAAGGACACUGUAGCGUGCAGGUGGAAGUAAUAGACUUAAACGACAACCCUCCAGAAAUUGUCCUCACCUCCAAACCGAGCCCGGUGCGCGAGGACGCUCCUAGAGGCACGGUAGUGGCUUUGAUCGGUGCCCGGGACCGAGACUCCGGGAAUAACGGUAAAGUAACAUUACAACUUCCAAAAGGCCAUCCUUUCAGUCUGAAACCGUCCUUUUCUAAUAAUUACGCACUGGUCACCAGCGGUGUUUUAGACCGAGAGAGCUUCUCAGAGUAUAAUAUUGAGAUAACAGCCACUGAUUCAGGCUCCCCUCCACUGACUACCAAGAAAACUAUACCGGUCAGCAUCAUUGAUGUCAACGACAACCCCCCUAAAUUCACUCAGCCUUCCUACAAUGUAUUUUUAAAAGAGAAUGGACCACCAGGAUCCAUGUUAUCAUCAGUAUCUGCAUCUGACCUGGAUUUCGGAGAUAAUGCCAAGAUUUCUUACUCCAUCUUAGACUCCAAAGUGCAGGACGUGUCUGUAUCCUCCUAUGUGUACAUUAACUCUGACAACGGCAGCAUCUACAGCAUGCACUCGUUUGACUAUGAGAAACUGAAGGUGUUUCAGAUUCUGUUGCAGGCCAAGGACCACGGCUCUCCCUCUCUGAGCAGCAACGCCACAGUCCAUGUUUUUAUCCUGGACCAGAACGACAAUGCCCCCGCUGUUAUUUACCCCUCCGCUGCCCUGGGCUCGCUCUCUCACCAGAAGAUGCCCCGCUCCGCUAAAGCAGGCUGCCUGGUUACUAAGGUAACGGCCGUGGACGCAGACUCGGGCCAUAACGCCUGGAUCUCGUAUAGGCUGGCUGAGGCCACAGACACGUCUCUGUUCAGUGUCAAUCUUUACACGGGGGAGGUGAGGACUAAACGCGCUGUGUCCGAGCAGGACGACUCCUCUCAGAGGCUGCUUAUAGAUAUACAGGACGACGGGGUGCCAGUCCAGUCCGCCACAGUCACAUUGGCCAUACUGGUAGAGGAUGGGCUCCAUGAACCCAUCUCGGAUCUCCGGCAGAAAGCGCCAGAGCCUAGCAAGAAAAGCGGGAGAAUCGCGCUGUAUUUGAUCAUCUCUCUGGCCUCGGUGUCCGUGCUGUCUCUGGUGACCUUCAUCAUCUUAGCAGUCAAGUGCGUUAGAAACAGCAGGAGCAGCGGUAGUUGCUGCAUGAGACGGGACGACUUGGACGGCUACAAGAACCCCAACAGAAACCUGCAGAUCCAGCUCAACACUGACGGGCCAAUUAAGUACGUGGAGGUCCUGGGAGGGGAUAUGUUGUCUCAGAGUCAGUCCUUCAGGUCCUGUCUCUCUCCCAUGUCAGAGUUCAGUGAUUUCACCUUCGUUAAGCCCAGCAGCACCACUGAUUUUAAGGAGAUGAUCAACGUCCUAGACGCGUCUUUACCCGACAGCGCCUGGACCUUUGAGAGCCAACAGGUGAGCGGUGAGCUGUACCAUUGUAAUGAUUAUGAUUCCUGA